UGCAAAGGCAGACCCCCCUCUCACACAGGAGUAGAUCGAGAGCAGUGAAGAGCAGAAGGAGCAGGGUGGCAGGAGUGAGGCAGGAGAGCGGUUGUUGAUUGAACAAAGCCAGGAAAGGAGUGCGCAGUCCUGGAGAGAACAGCAGCUAGUGAAAUGCCUCGAAGGGAGCCUGCCAGCAACUCCUGCGGAGACCUGAAGGUGUUGAGCUUCAGCUGAGGAUGUCAGGAGAUUCUCGAGUCCUCAUGGACCACAACAUGGAGAUAGGAGUAACACCUGCACAGGUGAAGAAGCUCCCUAAACACAUGCGGGAUGCUCAGAUCUCUACAGAGAGAACACAUUUGAUUUCUGACCCUGCUAGGAAGCCACGUCAGCGAUACGUGCAGAAGGAUGGCAAAUGCAACGUUCAUCACGGAAAUGUGCAAGAGACCUACCGAUACCUUAGUGACUUGUUCACUACGCUGGUGGACCUACGCUGGCGUCUUAGUCUCUUCAUUUUCACCUUGGUUUAUGUAGUCAACUGGCUUUUCUUUGGCUUUCUAUGGUGGCUGAUAGCGCUUAUUCGAGGGGAUCUGGUGCAUGGUGAUGAGGACGACUGGACCCCCUGUGUGGAAAACCUCAACAGUUUUGUCUCAGCCUUCCUCUUCUCCAUUGAAACAGAGACCACCAUUGGGUAUGGUUAUCGUGUAAUCACAGAAAAAUGCCCUGAGGGUAUCAUACUGCUUUUGGUGCAGGCCAUCUUGGGUUCUAUUGUUAACGCCAUGAUGGUGGGCUGCAUGUUUGUCAAGAUAUCACAGCCAAAGAACCGCGCCGAGACCCUCAUGUUCUCGCACAAAGCUGUCAUAUCGGUGCGUGACAAUAAGAUGUGCCUGAUGUUUCGGGUGGGGGACCUGAGGAACUCUCACAUCGUGGAGGCAUCGAUCAGAGCGAAGCUGAUCCGCUCGCAGCAGACCAAGGAGGGGGAGUUCAUCCCGCUCAACCAGACUGACAUCAACAUCGGAUUUGACACGGGAGACGACCGGCUGUUCCUGGUGUCGCCUCUUAUCAUCUCUCACGAGAUCAACGAGAAGAGCCCUUUCUGGGAGAUGACACUGGCACAAAUGGAAAAGGAGGAGUUUGAGAUCGUCGUUAUCCUUGAGGGCAUGGUGGAGGCCACAGGGAUGACAUGUCAGGCACGAAGUUCCUACCUGGACACAGAGGUACUUUGGGGCUACCGCUUCACACCGGUGCUCUCCCUGGAGAAGGGCUUCUACGAAGUAGACUACAACAACUUCCACGAAAUCUACGAGACCAACACCCCCACCUGCAGCGCUAAGGAGCUAGCUGCUAAGCUUCGGGAGGGGCCACUAUUGCCUCAGCUCUCGCUCCUCAGCCCUGAGCCCAAAAUGCAUACUUUUGACACCCUGGACAGCAUGUCCGAAGGGGACCCACUCAGCCCGGAUGAGGAACAAGAGGAGAAAGAUUCAGGGGGUGACAGAGGAGAGACUAAUGGCUCAGCUGCUGCUUUGGAGGAUCUGCCACUUGUUGAUGGACUGCCUGACUGAUGUGACAGGGCGGCCACAUCAGCGAAAACAUCCAAGAGAGACUGGGCAAGAGGACAGGACAAUAUAAUGCUUUAUUUAGUCAAUGGCCAGCUUGUUCCUUUGCAAUGCUUGGAGAUACAAGACAUCCAGCCCCCGACUCAUGCAAUACUCCUCUACUAGAGUGUCAAUCUAUAGUAUAGAUUGGUUUUGUAGACACGUAAGUACAUACACAGACACACACACGUGCAGUAUCUAUAUCUACACUUAAAAGGUUGGUGGCUCAGAUUGUCUUUUUAUAAUCGUAACGACCACUUACUGCUCUAACAGCUCAAGUUGUAUAAUGUGAACUUGAGUUGAAACUGGUAGCCAUGACAGAGUACCAUGGGCUUAUUAUGGAUACUCGAAUAUUCUCAUUUCAGAGUGUGUUGAUUCAGCUUCAUUUGAACAAAGCAUCAGCCUCAUAACUCAGCUAAUGUGUCUGACAGUCCGCUUCUGAGUGACAAUGGAACCUUGUUAUUGACACUUUUUAAAAUAUGGAAUAUUAUUAUUUCCUUUCUCUGUCAAUGUUGUUAUUAUUCUGUGUCAGUUACCCAAUUCACCCAGGGAAGAAAUGUAUGAGGCUCCUAGUUGCAUAAGAAAACAUAGGAAAUUGUUCUAUAAAAGGCAAUGUGCACUGGCAACCACUAUCCACUUUUUCUUUCUUUCUUCACACCUUCCUCGUGGUUGUACUGUCAUAAAUCCCCAAUCAUAGUCAAAAUAUUGGGAGCGUGGACCUAAAAUAAACCAGCUAGUACCUCAUUUUAUACUCAUUUAAGGGUUUGAAAUGAACAAUAACAUCUAGGCAAAUGCUGGUAAAAGCUGUAACGUUACUGACCGACUUUCAAAACAUCUUGACUGGUUAAAGAUUAAAUAUCACUUCCAGCUGCAGCAACUAAAACAUUAAUUUCAAGCCCUUUUCUUGGUAUGUAAAGCACAAUUUCCCAUGAGGUGUCUUCACACUGACCUGUCCACCUACCUAGCCCCCGCUUUAGGCUGGUGCAUGUCAGCCCUAGUUAAAAAUGACAUUCAGAUGUAGAUGGAAAUAUUUAUAUGAAAAACAUCAAUGCUCUACUGCUGUUUCAAUUGUUCUGGAUUUGUACACACCACAAACACAUGAAUAUUUCAGAUGCUCUUUAAGCAAUAUGAAAUACAUGAUGUAUGUUUUUGUUUGUUUUGUUUUUGUUUGAAAUAUUAAAAGAUAUCCAACCUUGAUGCUUUUCAGCUACAUGGAAGUUGAGUCUACUGAAGAUAGGAACAGGUUUUCUUUCUAAUCUCACGAGUUUAGCAUAUGGCUCAUCAGCUGCAAUAUUUGCCUUUUGCUGUCAUUAUUUCUUCUGAACAUCAUCUCUAGUGCUCACCUUAUGAUUUGAAGUAUUUAUACUCACACACACACACACACACACACACA